CAACAUUCUGGUGGCGUUUCUGUGAAGCAGCAUUUCUCAGAUGGGCUCUUUUAGCUUUAGUUUUAUUAGGUUUACUUGUAGAUUUGGUGCAACAACACAGGCCUUUUUCUCCAGAGAGGAUGUUGCUCCAUAAACCGUUCGCUGCUGAUCCAUUUUAACCUCCACUGCAGAAGGUGUGCUUUAGAAACAGCUAAAAGUACAUUUAUCCUUUUAUAUUUUGGAUUUUAGCUGAAUCUGAAUUUAUUGAUAUUGUUUUUCUUGGUGAAAGAAUUUCUUCUGACAGAAUGGAAAACCUGCGAUACCAGCAACAAUAACUUACAGAAGGAGUUGGUUACAGAUCGUCUUUUGUUGCUGAAGAGAUAUUAUAGUUCAGGGUUUAUUAUUAGCAGACUUACCAAGUCUAUUCUGAGUGAUGGAGGGUCUUUGUCUACUUAGAGGCUGCUAGAUUUCUGCAAGAUCACAAGAGUCUGUUUUAAUAUAUUCACCUGGUAGUAAAAUAAAGACCGGCCUGUUUAAGUAGCACCCUCCUAAGACCCAAACAAGCCGGCGCCAUUUUUACUACAGCUGUUUGUGUUUACUCAGCUGUGGAGGAGAGGAGGCCUCCUGUUAAAGGUCAGAGAGUGAAGGAGCAAUUUAUGCCCACCAUCUCCAUUCGGGUUGAAAUGAUAUCAUGCAGAUGAAGUACAACCUCUUAAGUUUCAGCGGAUCUGCUGAUUGGCUCUUUACGGGUAUAGCUAAUGUGCUAAUCAAACAUAGUGAGAGGUUGCAGAACAAAGCUCUGCUCCAGUUUUCAGCUGUUAUGUUUAAAGGAACGAUGUGUCUUUUCCCUGGCGACAGGGGGCAGUACACAUGUAUUUUAGAACCGAUGUUUUUUUUGGUUAUAUGGUACGAAGCUGCCAAUAUUUUCUAACAACCGGGCAUUGUUUAAUUCAUUUUCAACAACAUUUCGAGGAAUAUUUCCAGAUAUUAUUGGUAAAAACUACACAUUGUCUCUUUAGGGUUAUAUGUUUAAAUAAUGUUAAUAACAAAAAGAAAAGAUGUAAACAAUUACCAUGUUAUGUUUUAAAUAGGAAUAGACUAGAUGCAGAUUGUGAAAUUUGAUUAAAAAAAAGAAAGCCUCAAAUUAAGAAGCUUUCCUUUAAAAUAAUGUUUAUUAAUUGUGUAAGAAAUAAAAAUGGUAGCCAACAUAUUUGUUAUAGUCCAACUUCUAUUAAAGAUGAAGUUCAUAAUUUUUUUUCAACACAUUUUUAGCGGCUGCUAGUAUAAAUUAAAGCCUUGUGAGUCGAUCACUGUGGGGGGAAACAGCUCUGGCACUCCUGUUUCAGGAAGGGAAGUUUAGCUGGAGGAUGGGGAGCAGAUAACGACAGGAUUUGUUGUCUAACUCUUUAUUUCCUGAUAUUCGGAGGUCUUGCCUCUGAUUGGCUAACAGCAAUGCGACUCUACCACUGACUCUGUUUGCUUUUCAAUGUUGAUGUUUUACUUAACAAAUAACACAAGCCUGGAGGAGUUCUGCAAGUUGUGGAGUUGCUAAUGCUAAUGGUUAGCUUCUGCUAAUGAAGAUGUUCUCUGCUGUUUCCUGGACACUAAACCAAAAACAGCCCUCCCCGUCACGAGUCAAGAUGGGUGAGUCCAUAAGUGACAUAGGUCUGACGGACUUUUUCUGACUUUAAAGAAAAUAUGAAUUAGGGCUGCACAAUAUAUCGAAAAAUUAUCGUCAUCACGAUAACAGGACGUGCGAUAGGCCCAUCGCAAAGCACGUCAAAAACGGCGAUAAAUGUUUGGUUCAAACAUUUCCAUCCGUGUCAUACAUCAACUUUUUGUAAACCAGCUCUGUUUUUUACGCGGAAGUAUUAUUUGACCAAUCAAACGUAGUCCUUCUGAUAUGCGGCCAAUCAGAUGGGUCGGUUCACGUAAUACGCCCGCCCCCUCCGAGCUGCCCAGCGCUGCUCGGCUGUCUCCAUCCGAAGGUUGAGAUGUUUGCCAGCCUUACAUAACCGCUCUUGUUUUCAGCACCACCACUUCCUCCGCGCGCCGCCGACACCGGAGCGUCGGAGACGGUGCUGCCGAGUGGAGCUUCCCGGGCUGCGCUUACUUUGGGCCGCCGUGCCGCCACCUGGUUCACCCGCUCCAGCACAGACUGUAUCCCCAAAAUUCCACCAUCUCCGCUCCGCCCCUGCUUUCCUCUGCCGCUCGCUUCCCUUGUUCGUCAUGCUGGCUCAGAUUAACGAACGCACUUUGUGCUGAGGUUUCUGGCUCCGGUUAGCUUCCAGCUAAAAGGCUACAGCAGCACUCUCCUCCCAGUCCCACCCUGAGCUGCUAAAGAGGAGCUAGUUCAAUUAGUUAGCUUGUUAUCAGAGUCAUAGUUGCAGUUUCAUCAUCUGAGCUGCUUUUUAAAAUCUUGGUAAACUUGUUCAAUUUGGGGAUAAAACAAACGUUUUCACAUAUUUUCCAUGUAGUUUUUUUUUGCCAGUUCCUCUUCUGAAAGGUAGACAAUUGUUUUUCUCUUUCCCUCAGAAAAUCUUAAUAUUCUCCUAGUUUGGCCCAGCACAGUUCACUUCCCGCAGCAACAGCCUUAUAUCAUAACCACAUAAGUGGAGAAAAUGUUCAGUAGCAAUGAGAGAAUUUGCUGUUGCAUUUAAGUGAUGUUAACUAUUAUUUAACAUUUAAACUUGUUUUUUGAUUUUUUUAUUUAUUCAAACAACCCUGGUAAGGAAUGUUUUUCUGUAUUUGGAGCAUCAGAAAAAGUUUUAUGGUGGAGGUGAUGUUUUAAAGUCACUGAGAAACUGCAUGCAUGCAGUUAGUUGUUUUGCUGCUAAUACAGUAGCAGGUGCAGCUGCUAAUACAGUAGCAGGUGCAGCUGCUAAUACAGUAGCAGGUGCAGCUGCUAAUACAGUAGCAGGUGCAGCUGCUAAUACAGUAGCAGGUGCAGCUGCAUAUUUUUGCAAUAAAAAUGUUAUGUUGUAAUGGAAUUCAUGCAUUAGUUUUUGUUUGCUUUGAACCCAGAGCAGACGUCACACGCCAGACGACAUCAACACUGCAUACUUUAGUAUUUGUUCAUUUAUCGUGAGUAAUAUCGAUAUCGCAAUAUUAAGCACUGUUAUCGAAUAUCGUAGGUUUUCCUAAUAUCGUGCAGUCCUAAUAUGAAUGCAUAUCUAAACUGUAGAAUGUCCUGGUAGGACAUGUUAGCAUGCUAGCAUCUAGCUCAGCUUCUAAAAGUGUUAAAGCUAUCAUUUAUAUUAUCUCAUAUUGCAGUGAGGGGAUGUAAAAUUGAAAGUUUUUUGAUGAGGACGACAGCAGCAUAAGAAUGCAAUAAAUAAACAUCUCUUCUUGUUCCCUCUUCGUGCUGUCACCAAGUGCUUACAGAGCAGAAAGUGCGGGGUGCAUUUUUGAGUCUUGUCAUGCUGAUUUGCUGCUGAUAUAUAAAUGCAAACAUGCAGAUGUCAGCGACAUCUUUCUCUUUGUGCGUCUGAUCAUACCAAGGGAGUUAGAACAGUGUAAAAGUUCCCAGUCGGCCGGAUUUCUGCUGCACCUGUUUGUGGUCGAGCUUCCUACCAAACCGCCUCCAUGCAGAAAAAGCCCUGAGUCCUGUAGGAGCUCUGAUAAGUGCGGUCGGGUUUGCUGUGUUUGCAGAACAUUUCGUUCCUUGUGGGGAAGAUUUCAGAUUGUUUGCUGAAAAUCAUUGUCAUUGGUCAGAUUUCAUUCAGCAGGAAUUUAAAUUUUUUACAGACUUUGUCUUGUUUAUAUUCUAGAGACUCUUCUGAUGUUUCUUUUGUGUUUUAGUUUAUUUUAAAGACUCAUUGGUGCUCUAAACAGCUGUAAACCUGCUUAAUGAUGCCAGCAGCUUUCUAAGUCUCUGUGUACUUGUGAUGUUUUUGUUUACCAGAUUCCUGAUUGGCUUGUAAUCAUGACACGUUAGCUGCAAUUAUUCUUAAUGGAGUUUCAUAAAGAAUUAGUAGGUUUUAAAUGUAGCUUCUAUUUUCCUUUAACUUUUCAGAUUAAAAGGACAUCGUAGACAUAAAAAAACAUUGUUGAUGAGUAUUAAAUAAUAUAAACAGGUCUAAGUUGAACAGAAUUCUACAUUCUAGUGGAAAAAGCCAAACAGAGAGUAGUUUUACAGCCAAAGAGACGUAGCUUUCAUCUGUUUAUGAUUUUUAUAGUGAUAAACAGUUUAUAGUUUAUAAACUAUUCACUGAUGCUAAUCUGCAGCAAACAGUUGUGUCAACAGAAAUAAAGAAGGAACAAUCCUGCAGACGGGGUCAAAUCUAAUAAAAGGUUUUUAUUAUUUUUCAAAUGAUGUACCAGCAGGUCAAACCCUGUGAAUGUUUACAAACUCAACGAUGAGGUUUAGUUUUAUUAGUGUGGAAAAGUACAGCAUUCAAGAUGGAAACGUACACUCGUGUAACAGGACUAAACUUGUUUCUGCAGCUUUAUUACAACAUUCAGUCUGGGGAAAGCCUGUUACACGUCUGUGCUCCUGAGCACUAUUAUGCAGCCAGGUCUGAUUCAUAACUAACACACUGAACCAGCUUUCUGGCAUGUCGCCUCCCACACACACACACACACACACACACACACGCACACACACACACACAUGCACACGCACGCGCACACUUUCUGAUCAAGGCUUUAAAGGCGACCCAGGGAGGCCCGGCUACUCACUGACCUCUUGGCUCUGUUGGGUGACCAGGAAUUUUAACCAGAGACGUGAUGGAGACGUUGGUGUGUCCGAUGGGUGGAGGAGCCACCAGGCUGUACACCUCCCUGACUCAGACCUUCAGCAGCAGCAGCUCACCUCUCCCCGUCCCCCACUCCUACCUGUCCCCCCAGCCUUCACUCACAAACCUGGAUCCAGAUUUAUACCUGAAGGGGUCCCCUGUGUGUCCCCUUGAUCCAGUGGAGCUCCCUCAGCAGUGCCAGGAGGCGCUCAAGGACCGGCCUCUUCACUUCCACAGGGACUUUGUUCACAUGACUGAUCGAAAUGGAAACAGCGCCCCCUGCAGCCCCAUCAGGGUGAUGCAGUGGAACAUUUUAGCCCAAGCUUUGGGCGUAGGAGUUGAUAACUUUGCCCGGUGUCCCCUGGAGGCCCUUGGCUGGUCCCGGAGGAGGUCCCUUAUCCUGGAGGAGAUCCUCACCUACCGACCUCACAUCCUGUGUAUGCAGGAAGUUGACCACUUCUAUGACACUUUCCAGCCGGUCCUGGCGGGCCUGGGCUACGGCAGUCACUUCUGUCCUAAACCCUGGUCUCCGUGUCUGAACGUGGAGGGAAACACCGGCCCAGAUGGUUGCGCUCUCUUCUUCGACGAGUCUCGAUUCGAGCUCCUGGACAGCGUGAACCUACGACUCUCCGCCAUGAUGAUUCCGACUAAUCAAGUUGCCGUGGUGACGACCCUGCGUUGUCGCAGCACGGGGAGGUGCGUGUGCGUGGCUGUGACCCACCUGAAGGCUCGGUCCGGGUGGGAGUGGCUCCGCAGUGCAGAGGGAUCAGACCUUCUUUGGCAUCUUGAGAAUCUGGUCCAGACACCUGUUGGGGAUGACUCCGGCGUCAAAGUGCCGCUGCUCAUUUGUGGGGAUUUCAACGCCAUCCCAGCUGAGGAGGUGUAUCGACGUUUCGCAGCAUCUCCUCUCGGUUUGGACUCUGCCUACAAAAAACUCAGCCCAGACGGUCUGACCGAACCAAAGUACACGACCUGGAAGAUCCGAGCCACAGGGGAGUCUUGCUCCACUCUGGACUACAUCUGGUACACGAAAGACUCGCUGAGGGUGGACGCUGUCCUGGACAUGCCCAGCGAGGAGCAGAUUGGACCCAACAGGCUUCCAUCCUUUCACUACCCAUCUGACCAUCUGUCUCUGGUUUGCGACUUCAGCUUUAAGGAGAAGGAAUGAAGCCGCAGCCAGCUGAGUCGAGGUUGGCUACUGAUCUGUUUUUCCUCCACGAGAAGCGAAGCAUUCGAAUCGCUGAGUGGGCGUGAGAUGGUGAAGAUGUGAGGACAGGAAACCAGAGAAUGAAGUUUGUGACUGAAGUGUUUAAAUAAAGGUGCUCAGGUUGCAUAGAUGCAAACAUCAAGUCUUCCAUCAUGGACUUAUGACAGUGAAGACCAGUUUUCUGUAUAUGAACUUUAGUUUUUACUGGACAAUCCUAAUUAAUCCCAAGUCAAUAUUGUGUUUCACGUUGAUUAAAAACAAGUGUUUUGGCUUGAAAUCUUUUUUUUUCCUUCCCCACUUGGGUUGGGGUUCAGGGAUGAAUGUUAAAAGGUUGAUUUCAGACAUAUUUUGUAUAGUUGUUGGUAAAUCCCUGUGGGUCCAGAGAAAAGUGGACAUCUCAUCCGAGGAGCUUCAGCUCAAAACAGAAAACUUGCUGCUGGAAAACCUUUUUAACCCGUAAUGAUUUAAUUACAACCAGGGACGCACAAUAUAAUCUGCAUUCAUAUCUGAAUCGGCUGAUGUUAGCCAUUUUUUAACAUAGUGGUAUCAGUCCGAUAAGUCAAACUGGGCCGAUAUUAAACAGUAUUUUUUCCAUCUAGUAGCCAUUUGUGAGUUUCAGAUAGGGACGGGGGUGAUGAUGCGUAAUUAUUUGGUUAUAUGACAGUGAUAGUAAUCAUCUCAGAAGUAUAAAUGUGUGAUGAGUAUAUUUUUAUACAUAAGUCUUAUAUUUGGGGUGUUUAUUGGCAAGAAUCUGGCAACAUAUCAACACAGGGGAGACUAUAUUAUAACUUAUACUAAAAGCCAGACGAUGUGAUUUUUAUUUUUUUACCCAACUUAACAGAAAAACUCAGGCCAGAUGCCUCCAAGUGUCAAAUGUUAUCCAAGAUUUAGUUCUGUCAGUGAAGGCGGUAAAAACUGCUGCCACCUAGCAGUUAGGGUUGGAAUUGCACCACACAAGAUAUUUUGUGAACAUUUACAUGUAAAUUCUCCUUUAAAAGCAGUGUAUUUUUUUUUAUUAUCAACUCAUUACAAUAUUUGUGUAUUGAUAUUUUCUUACAUUCCUUCUCAUUUUAAUGUAAAUAUCAGUUAUUGAAGAGAACAGCGAUAUUAAUAUCAGAUGUCUAUUGGCCUACAUUUUCAUAUCUGUGCAUCCCUAAUUCCAACAUCCACACAAAAGUGAAAUUGCAUUAAGCUCAAGUCCAGCGGCCUUUUAUCUGAACCUACCGAGACGUUCCUGCAACUUUAGGUUCCAUUCCUAAAGGUUUAAUAAAAAACAAAACCCUUUCUUAAUCCGCAGUGGAUUUAUUUAUUUUUUUAAUCUUGUGCAUCUUUUCAGUCCGACACGACUGUAUUAUCUUGUUGAUAAUAUGAACAAAGUAGAACAAACUUCAACUGGAAAAUAGAAAAUGCAAACUGAAUGUUAUUUUGAAAGAUCAGAUUAGGUUUUCAGCGUAAUCCUACAAACGUGUAGAAACAGUUCAUGACUAGGUCAGUAAAAAAAAAGAACAACUCAGGUUUUGUAUAUUUAAGUAAAAUCUACUUUAAUACACUUUGAAACAAGAGUACAACAAAAUAGAAUAUACUUCAAAUGUUGAAUAUACAAACCGUUCGUUCUGAACACAGAAAAUGUCCCUUUUCUUCCAGAACAGAUUAAAAGAACGAAAUGUGGGGCGGACCGACCCGGCAGACUGACCCUUUGUUUAAAGUGACCAGAAAUCAUCAGUGGUUUUGUGUUUCUGCUGCAUAUUUUGCAUAAACUCAUCAUAAUCAAAACUUCUAAAAACAAUGAAAAUAAAGCUGAUUGUUGAUUUUUGA